CUUCCUUUUGCCGUAAAGUGUAGUGUGCGGAGCUGACCGUCUAACGUGGGCCACGAUGCCUCCUAAAAAACCAGCGGCACCGCAACCCAACAAGAAAACAGAUCAGAAAAAGAAAGAGAAGACAAUCGAGGACAAAACUUUUGGCUUAAAAAACAAGAAGGGGGCCAAGCAGCAAAAAUUUAUAAAAAAUGUCACUCACCAAGUUAAAUUUGGUGCGCAAAACCCUCGCCUGGUUGCACAGACUGAGGGCGACAAGAAAGGAAAGAAAGAUGACAAAAUGAAAGAACUACUUCAACUGAAUGAACUAUUUAGACCAGUUGUAGCUGCACAAAAGGUCAGCAAAGGGGCAGAUCCAAAAUCGGUUGUGUGUGCUUUCUUCAAGCAAGGGCAGUGCACCAAAGGAGAUAAAUGCAAAUUCUCUCACGAUUUAACUCUGGAAAGAAAAUGUGAGAAAAGAAGUGUUUAUGUUGAUCAGAGAGAUAGUGACCUUGAAAAAGAUACAAUGGAGAACUGGGAUGAAAAAAAAUUGGAGGAGGUAGUGAACAUGAAGCACGGUGAGGCAGAAAAGAAAAAACCUAAAACACAAAUAGUUUGCAGAUAUUUCCUUGAAGCAAUUGAAAACAACAAGUAUGGAUGGUUUUGGGUUUGCCCAGGAGGUGAUGUCUGCAUGUACCGCCAUGCACUCCCUGCUGGAUUUGUGCUUAAAAAAGAUAAAAAGAAAGAAGAGAAGGAGGAAGAAAUUUCAUUGGAAGACUUAAUAGAAAGAGAGCGUGCUGCCCUUGGGCCCAAUGUUACCAGAAUUACCUUAGAAUCUUUUCUUGCAUGGAAAAAACGAAAAAGGCAAGAAAGAAUUGAAAAAGCAGAAGAAGACAUGGAGAGGAGAAAGGCAGAUUUCAAAGCAGGAAAAUCUUUUGGGAUCAGUGGUCGUGAAGUUUUUGAAUUCCGACCUGAACUUGUGGAUGAUGAUGAUGAAGAAGCAGAUGAUACACACUAUAGCCUAGACAUGGAGGACAGGGAUGAAACUCAAGAUAAUGAUGAUGAUGUGAAAGACAUAGAUCUGAGCAGAUUUGUUCCAAAAGAUGUUGAUGAUACUGGUAUUACAGUUGCCAGUCAUGAACGAUUCAGCACAUAUGUUACAUCAAAAGUUAAAGACGAUACUAAGUUAAGUGAAGCAUCAGGAGGUGAAAUUGAAAAUGGAGAACAAAGUGACCUGGAAGAGGAUAAUGAAGAUGAGGAUCAGGAAAAUGGUCUUGUGGAUGCUGUGCCUGUUGAUGAAAAUCUGUUUACUGGAGAGGACUUGGAUGACCUUGAGGAAGAACUAAACACACUUGAUUUAGAAGAAUGAAAAAUAAACAAUCCAGACUCAUUUUUUUUUUCAUCUAGGAUUCCUUAAUGGGAUGUUUAACACCUACAAAGCUGCUUCAGAAGGGCACAUCAGAACUUUUAUUUUCUUUGUCUUUUGUGUUCUCAUUUCGACUUCAUCUAAAAAUUGGUUCAUAGGAAUGAGGAAUUAAGAUCAAAGUCGGAUAUUGUGAUGCAUAGUUUGUUUUGUUAAAUAAAACAGAAUAAAUUAUUGCGGACAAAGUAGCUGCUUUGUUUCCUUUUAAAAACUGUCUUUCCAAAGAUAAUUAUACUUCUGAAAACUUUUCAGCAAAAUCUAUUUUAGUCACUGACUAUUCCAGAAAAUAAUUUUCAAAAUCACACAUUAAACAUAAAUUUCAAAUUAUGUUCUGUACUGUAUUUGUACACAUUUUAGAGAAAGAUACAGAUCUGUUAAACAUAGUAUCUCUAGCAAAAAAUAUUUUAAACUUCUCAUAUAUCAACAAAAUGUAAAUAAAGGCUAUUCACUUAACUUCA